GAAGAAUCCCUACAAAGAAGUUUACACAGACAUGUGGGUUGAGCCCGAGGCAGCUGCCUAUGCACCACCCCCACCAGCCAAAAAGCCCCGAAAGAGCACAACGGAGAAGCCUAAGGUCAAGGAGAUUAUUGAUGAACGCACAAGAGAGCGGCUGGUGUACGAGGUGCGGCAGAAGUGCCGCAACAUCGAGGACAUUUGUAUCUCUUGUGGCAGCCUUAACGUCACCCUGGAGCACCCUCUCUUCAUCGGAGGGAUGUGCCAAAACUGCAAGAACUGCUUCCUGGAGUGUGCGUACCAGUACGACGACGACGGCUAUCAGUCCUACUGCACCAUCUGCUGUGGGGGGCGUGAGGUGCUCAUGUGUGGGAACAACAACUGCUGCAGGUGCUUUUGCGUGGAGUGUGUGGAUCUCUUGGUGGGGCCAGGGGCUGCCCAGGCGGCCAUUAAGGAAGACCCCUGGAACUGUUACAUGUGCGGGCACAAGGGCACUUAUGGGCUGCUGCGGCGGCGGGACGACUGGCCCUCUCGGCUCCAGAUGUUCUUCGCCAAUAACCAUGACCAGGAAUUUGAUCCUCCGAAGGUUUACCCACCUGUACCAGCUGAGAAGAGGAAGCCCAUUCGGGUGCUAUCUCUCUUUGAUGGAAUUGCUACAGGGCUCCUGGUGCUGAAGGACUUGGGCAUUCAGGUGGACCGCUACAUUGCCUCGGAGGUGUGCGAGGACUCCAUCACGGUGGGCAUGGUGCGGCACCAGGGGAAGAUCAUGUACGUCGGGGACGUCCGCAGCGUCACGCAGAAGCAUAUCCAGGAGUGGGGCCCAUUCGAUCUGGUGAUUGGGGGAAGUCCCUGCAACGAUCUCUCCAUCGUCAACCCUGCCCGCAAGGGACUCUACGAGGGCACUGGCCGGCUCUUCUUUGAGUUCUACCGCCUCCUGCAUGAUGCGCGGCCCAAGGAGGGAGAUGAUCGCCCCUUCUUCUGGCUCUUUGAGAAUGUGGUGGCCAUGGGCGUUAGUGACAAGAGGGACAUCUCACGAUUUCUCGAGUCCAACCCUGUGAUGAUUGACGCCAAAGAAGUGUCAGCCGCACACAGGGCCCGCUACUUCUGGGGUAACCUUCCCGGUAUGAACAGGCCGUUGGCAUCCACUGUGAAUGAUAAGCUGGAGCUGCAGGAGUGUCUGGAGCAUGGCAGAAUAGCCAAGUUCAGCAAAGUGAGGACCAUUACUACUAGGUCAAACUCCAUAAAGCAGGGCAAAGACCAGCAUUUCCCCGUCUUCAUGAAUGAGAAAGAAGACAUCCUAUGGUGCACUGAAAUGGAAAGGGUGUUCGGCUUCCCUGUCCACUAUACUGACGUUUCCAACAUGAGCCGUUUGGCGAGGCAGAGACUGCUGGGCCGGUCGUGGAGCGUGCCAGUCAUCCGCCACCUCUUCGCUCCGCUGAAGGAAUAUUUUGCUUGUGUGUAAGGGACAUGGGGGCAAACUGAGGUAGUGACACAAAGUUAAACAAAAAAAACCACAAAACACAAUAAAACACCAAGAACGUGAGGAUGGAGAGAAGUACCAGCACCCAGAAGAGAAAAAGGAAUUUAAAAACCACGGAGGCGGAAACACCGGAGGGCUUUGCCUUGCAAAAAGGGUUGGACAUCAUCUCCUGAUUUUUCAAUGUUAAUCUUUAGUCCUAUUUAAAAACGAAAUGAAACCAAGCCCCUUCCCCUCCCCGUUUUUUUUUUU